AAAAAAAAACACAGCCUCUAUGGCGAAUCUGUAGCCAACAAAUACCAUGCACAUCCUGUGGUUGUAAGUGUAAGUGUAAGAGAAGGAAGUGGCGGGCAGACAUGACGUCCAUACUGGAUAUGAAAUCCGGUCCGCCGGACUAUUGGGCCGAAAUAAGUAACUUCUUUUUGCCGCUUAAAUAUCUCAUAACAAACGACCGCUUCGAUGCGCUGGUUAAAGACAUAGACUUAUCUUACCUGAUAAACGCUGUGUUUUGGAUCUUCGUAACGUUAUCCUUGGGCUUUUGCGGCUUUCACCGUAUGUUCCACUUUUUUCUCAAAUCGUCGAAUGUUAAAUACUUUAAACGGAAACAGUUUGCGCGUCUGAUUUGGAAUAUCGCCUUUUAUGCCGCCUGCUCCCUGUUUCUACACUUCUAUAACGAGUUCAUGAUCUUGCCACAGCUGAUGAAGAAUCAGGGACGCUAUUCGCUGUUCCACUCGUCCGAGAAUCUCAUUUUCUACAGAUCGCAGCAGUAUGAGAAAUUCGAAUUCUAUUCAAUAUUCAUCAUCACCUUCUACCUGCAUGGCGCGAUGCUGGACUUCAAGGAGGCAGAUUUCCUAGAGGCUGCCUCCAAGGGCGUCUACCUGUUGGCGCUGCUGGCUAUUGAUGUUUACAAAUAUGAGAACUAUUUUGUUGGCUUGAAUCUGACGCUGGGCCUCUACUACAUACUCACGGAGUGUCUGGCCUUGGUGGCUUUGCAGAACUCGAAACGGAAUUGUCUGAUCUAUCAGAUAUUUUUAGGAUUCCGUAUAGCGGCCUGGUUGCAUGUUUUCAUCAACUUAAUACCCUUUAAGUACUUUCUGCCGACGCUGUUUGCCAAAAACUUUAAGUUGCCACUGAAUGUGGCCAUAUGGUUGUGGUAUGGCUUAUCCAUUUGGAAUUCCCCAGUGCUUCAAUAUUUUUAUCAUCAAAUCUAUCAUACAACACCAUCGGAUUGUUCCGGCGAGGGGUCAGCAGCCAAGUGCAUCCUGCUGAAGGACUCUAGCGAGUUUCGGCAUUACAAAACGCUGAAGAAGGCCUACAUGGAGGUGAAGUUGGCCCACGAACGUGCUACGGCCAGCUCCAUGCCGGCCACUGAGUCGGCAUCGGCAAAAACUUUUCAGGCCAUCAAAUGCGUCAUGAUGUUGAAGCGCAAACUGAAACGCAUACGCGAGGGUCGUGGCGCCGAACCGGAGGAUGAAACCGAGGAACUAUCCGUUGACUGUUAAGACUAGCAAUAACAUGACAACUGAGCGGCACAAAAUGUACACAAAACUAAAGAAAGAGAAGAGAAGAAAGAGAGCAAAAGGACAUGAAACUAUUACCUACCUGCCUGCCCCUUUUCUCGAUGGCAAGACGCGACUUGCUGCAACACUGACUAUAAAAGACAAAGUCUAUGCUGGCUACGCUAGCUAAUUACUAACUUUAACACUCUAGCACACAUAUUUAUCUAUAUGCUAUGUUUAUGAGGAAUCUAAAAAGUGGGCGUUAUAUGAGCAUGUGGAUUCAUUGUGCUUUGAGAGCUCCGUUUCUAUCCCAGUAUUCUGCGCAGUUGAGCCCAAAGAGUGAAAUAUUUUCCAGUAUAACACACACACACACACACACACACAUACACAUCUAAACACAUGCACACCCACAUCUAUCCAAACAACAAUGUACUGCUUAGUUAGGCACUAACCUCUAUAUCUGUAAUACAAUUCUUCUCACAUACUUUUAUCGUUUAGUUUAGAAUACUUAAUGCGCCUCAGCUGCGCUCACCUUAAUAAUGUUAUUUAUUCGCUGUGACUUAUGACAUAUUUAAAUAUUGUAGUUCUUAGCUGAAACUGUUAAUAGAAUAUACCAAAAAUAAAUAAACACCAAUGAGCAUUAAAAAAUA